GGCGCAGCCUGAGAAAUCACCCAGCAAGAAAGUGCGUGCGCUUUGUCGCCCGUUUCUUUCCGGUAGUUUCUUUCUCGCCGAGUUUUUGGAUGACCAAACCGCGCGAAUGAGCCCUGACAUCGGUGGGCCCGGGUCUGAGAAGACGCGAGGCGUCCCCUACGGUGGCAUGGCUGCGUUCGACGAGCAGACCCUUUACCGCUGCUGCUCCCGCUACCGCUGCAAGUGACGGCACGGCGCAACUGCCGGCGGCCCCUGCGACAUCGCCGCCACUGCUGGUGGGAAUAACGCUCCGGAAACGCGGAAGUUUUGGCUGCGAAAGCGGUCGAACCCGCCGCGCAACCGACUGAAAAUGGUGCUCAUCUUUGUGCUCCUCUCUGCAAUCACGCAUCUAUCAAGUGCUAACUCACCACCAAAGUUUACAAAAACUAUUGACCUUGCUGUGAUACCCGAGAACACGCCAAUUGGCACAUCUGUAUUUCGCCUAGAAGGUUCGGAUCCCGAAAAUUCGCCAGUUUACUACGGACUCGAGGGAACUGACCUUCUUUCAGUUGACCGGGCCACCGGUGACGUCACUGUGAUAAACAACAUCGAUAGAGAGGUAACGGAUACAUUGAAGUUCUCUGUGACCCUUGAGGAUAUCGUCGGAGGACAUGACCAAAAUAACAUUGUCAAGGUUCCAGUCAGCGUCAUUGUUCUGGACGUCAACGAUAACGCCCCGACAUUCGAAAACAUUCCGUACGAUGUCAGAAUCGCCGAGGACACACCAGUAGGACACACGGUGCUGAAUAAUAUCAAAGUAACCGACUUAGACACUGCAGGGAACGUGCUUCAGGUUCAAUGCUUCCCCAACGACAAUGUGCCUGAAGCUUGCAACACGUUCGCCGUGGUGGUCACCAGGGCCAGUUCCCAAGAACUGGACGCAUCGUUAGUGCUACGAAAGCCCUUGGAUCACGCUUCUCGUCCCGUGUACGAAGUUAACCUUGUUGCAGACGAUGGUUCUUUUAAUGCCACUACAACGGCUGUUGUAAAAGUGUCAGAUGUUCAAAACCGGCCGCCAGUGUUCCUCGGAUCCCAUUCUGCCGUCGUCAGUGAAGACGUCCCCGUGGGAACUUACGUGAUGACAGUGAAAGCAAUUGAUGGUGACCGAGGAGUCCCCAGGAAUAUUCGCUACUCUAUCGUUUCCAAUCCAGAGAACUUCUUCACUAUCAACAAAAAUACGGGAGUUAUAACAACUGCGAACUUGUUGGACAAAGAGAAACUGAGCUCCUCGAACGGCGUGGUCACCGUCAAAGUAAAAGCUUCGGAGCUGGAAGGAGACCGGCUACUGGACGAACCGGGAUCGUCGACGACCACCGCGUUGGCCAUUACGGUGAAGGAUGUGAACGACGAGGCUCCCACGUUCAGCCGGCCUAGCUACAGCGUCAGUGUGAGCGAGAACAUUCCUCCCGGGAGCCCACUGCCGAACCUUGACAUGUUCGUCCAGGACACGGACACGGGUUCCAACUCAGUUUUUAAUAUCAACCUCAUGGAUUCUUCUGGAAUGUUUGCCGUGGAGCCCACCAUUGCGACUGGUUCGACGUCUGUAAGCAUACGGAUUGUGAAGGGACCACUCGACUACGAGAAUCCUAACCAGCGAAAAUUUAUCUUGUUGGUGGUCGCGGAAGAAGCGUUCACAAAUCCGAAAUUAUCUAGCACGGCAACGGUUACAGUGAAUGUGCUCGAUAUCAACGACAACGCUCCCGUGUUUGAAGAAGAUAGCUACACUGCUUCGAUUGUCGAGGACGCAUCACCUGGUAGCGUGGUCACGACAAUAGUGGCUACGGACAGAGACACAAGCCCACAUGGAGAGUCUGGUCUAAUGUACUCACUUCUUGGAAACGGUGCAGAUAAAUUCCACGUAGACCCCAGCUCUGGCGUGGUGACGGUGGCACCGUGUGAGACUCCUGGACGCGGUAACUGCCUAGACUUCGAGUCCCGGCCCUCCUACUUCCUCUCGUAUCAGGCGACGGAUGACCGAGGCCGGGGCCAGAGCGCCGUCGUGCCACUAACAGUGCGCCUGACAGACGCUAACGACAACCCGCCGGCCUUCGAACAGCACCUGUACACGGCGCUCAUCGACGAGGGAGACGUACGCUUCGACCCCCCGCUUAGGGUUCAGGCCCGAGACCCUGAUGUGACAUCGUUCGUCAAGUACAGCAUCGUGUCCGGAAACAGCUACAAUUUGUUCACUAUCAACCCACAGACGGGUGAUAUUACAGUCACCAAUCGUCAAGGGUUGGAUGUUUCUCUCCUCAAGUCUGACGUGAUUACACUGACCGUUCAGGCUUCGGACGGUGGUUCGGGUAUCGACACUGCUACAGUGAAGAUUACUGUCAGGGAUGCCAACAACAACGCUCCCGUCUUUCAGAAAGAGCGGUACAUUGCUUCAGUUCCAGAGGCUUCUCCACCAGGCACCCUGGUGGAGCAAGUGUCUGCGACAGACGCUGACACGGGGGCGAACGCCCAUGUCACGUACCGCAUCCUCAAGGGAGCCUUCGAUGACUUCACCAUAGAUGCCAACACUGGAGUAGUCUCACUGUCCGCAACAAGCCGCCUAGACUACGACAGGCGAAGCAGCUACAUAAUGGAGAUUAUUGGGAUUGAUGGUGGAGUUCCAGAGAAGACAGGAACUACUACACUCAGCGUGAACAUUCUGAACAGCAACGACAAGAUGCCAUACUUUCAGCCGACGACGCAAAGGGCGCAAGUAUCGAAGGUAUCGCGGGCGCCAGCCGGUUACAGAUUCUACAAACUUGUUGCCAAAGAUCCGGAUGCUAGUUCCCUGGAAUUCUUGAAGUACGGCAUUGCUGAACCUGUAACGGCCAUUUCCAAAGACGGAAGAAACGUAAAUGAAUCAGUUCAAGCGUAUAAGGCUUUUUUCGACGUGGAUGAAAAUACUGGGGAAGUGAAAGUGGCGUCUCAGCUCAACCGCGAAGCUGCUGCCGUCGUAAUGCUAACAACCGUGGUGACCGACGUCAGCGCAGUGCCACGUCAGACUGGCUUAGGAACCCUCGUGAUACCCAUAGUGGACCUCAAUGAUUUGCCACCAACGUUUCCACCGCCUUGGAGCCCUGACCAUCCGGAACUCUUCAUUACCGUCAUGGAGGAGCAACCCAUAGGAAGUGUCGUAGCGUCCAUUGUCGCCACAGACCCAGACUCUAACAUAGCCAGUUACUCGAUAGAACCCGAAAAUCCUUACUUCGCCAUUGACAAGCUUUCAGGUGUAGUCACAAUACACAAGAGAGUCGACUACGAAGAAGUACAGGAACUCAGGUUUUCCGUUGUGGUGCGAGACACAGGCAUUCCUCAACUAUCAGCGGUCGCGUUGGUUACAGCAACUGUUACAAAUAUAAAUGACAACGACCCCACCUUUUCUAAGAAAGCCUACCAUGCUUCAGUCCAGGAAAAUGCCCCUCAAGGUACGUUUGUUACAAGAGUUGAGGCGAGAGACAUUGAUGCUGGAGAAUUCGGAGUUGUUUCUUACUCGCUGCUGGGAGAGAAAAGCGGAGACUUCCACGUCAAUAAGCAGGGGGAAAUACGCGUGGCGGAAAUGGCCAACUUAGAUCGAGAAAUCACUGCCGCAAUCACACUUCAAGUUGUGGCCACUGACAUGGGUCAAGUAACAACGAGAUCAGUGUCCGUACCGGUGUACAUCACCCUCCUCGAUGACAAUGACAGCCCUCCUGUUUUCACAAAGAAGACCUAUGAAGCCUCGUUCGUCGCGAACAGCCCGCUUGAGUCUGCACAGAGCAUUGUUCAAGUGUCGGCAACGGAUGCGGAUGAAGGAAUCAACGCUGAGAUUCGCUAUUCUAUCGUUGCUGGCAACGAAAACGGUGUCCUCGCUGUAAACCCGAAGACCGGAAUUGUGUACCCUGUAAAGAAGCUCGAGAGCAGCCGCAAGGAGUACCGCAUCGGGCUCGAGGCGCGUGACGGCGCUGGUAACGGGCCCAACACAGACAACUGCAUAGUACUCAUCAGGCUCAUCGAAAUCAACCUGGACAAGCCGCAUUUUGUGACGCCGUCACUUCCCAAUGCGACAGUCGAAGUCAUGGAGAAUCAGACCCACUCUAAUCAGAUCAUAAUGACAGUGGAAGCCACUGACAAGGACCACGGUGACAACGGCCGAAUUUCCUACUACUUCAAAGUAGGAGACAGGAACGUCGCUGAAACAGACGAAUUUCUUAUCGACGAAGUCACGGGAGAAAUUCAAGCGAAAGUCGUCCUUGACAGAGAGCUGAGGCCACGUUACGAGUUGGUGCUAGUCGCCAAAGACCACGGCACGCCAGCCCCAUUUGAGACGCUACGGUUCCUGACCGUCGUGCUGAAGGAUAUCGACGACAACGCACCUCUAUUCCCGCGCACCCGGUCUACGGCACCCUAUGUGUUCCACAUCAAGGAGAACUUAAGCAGCGGUUUCCACGUUGGAAAAGUGACAGCUAUUGACCAAGACGUCGGCGAAAAUGCCAUGGUCUACUAUUACAUUAUCGAUGGAAACUGGGACAUGCUGACGAUUGACAAGAUGCAGGGAAUCAUAUACUCAAACGCCUCGUUCGACCGGGAGUCCAAGGACAUGUUCGAACUGGUGGUGAAAGCUUCCAGCAACCCCGAUUUCCUCGUGUACUCCAGGCAAGCCGAUGGCCUCCCGCCCAGCAUACGCAGCUACAGCGAGUCCGACAGAACGGUGGCCCUUGUCAACGUGCACAUUGACGACGUGAACGAUAACGCGCCCAUGUUUAUAAACGCCCCGUACUAUGCAGGUCCGGCUGCUGAACUUUUAUUUUUUUCUUCAACUCUGUUCAGCCUUCGUGGUGACCGCAACUUUGCCAUGGUCUGGAUCUACGAACCCGAACAACUAGUGCGGGUAAUAAUCGCCCAGCCUCCGGAGGAAGUGUACAGGGACCAAAUGAGUGUCAUAGCUGUUCUUUCUAACGCCACUGGAGGAACUGUGGUUAUUGACAAGUUGAAAUAUCACGUGAGCGACAAGGGGAAGCUAGUGAAGUCUUGGACGGACCUGUACAUUCACGUUCUUGACAAAAAUGACCGUGUAAUUCACACGCCUGAAGUACUCGACGCCGUUGAUUCUAACAUCAAGCUCGUUCGCUUCCAAAACCCAGAACUGCAAAUUCACAAUGUUCUUCCUGCUCGAGUUGGCAUCAGCAAACAAGAAUUUGAUUUGGCCUUAGCUGUGCUAAUUGCGAUGCUGGUGGUGAUAUUCGUCGGCGUCGUGUCCAUGAUGGUUUGUUGUACCUGCUUGAAGUCCUGGUACGCUUACAAAGCCAAAGAAGCUUUAGUACGGCACGACGAAAGUCCCCCGGUGACUACUACAGAGAAUCCGCUAUGGACCGAACAAAAACUCAAGAUAUAUGAAGAACAGGAGCUGAGCAUGAGCGUGGCGCCUGACAACAUGGUGACCACGGAGGCGGACAUCGCCGCUUUCAACUUCAACGACGACACGAGCAGCGCUGUGUAUGCUACGCUGCGGCGCAACAGUGUCAGCCACGUGGGAGCCGAGUCGCGCAACGGCUACUCCACCCUCACGGGCCACCGGCCCACGGCCUCGUCGCGCAGGCAGCGCGAGCCGGACGCCUCAGACGGUCACGAGUACCAUGAGCUGCACUCGAGCGACACCCGUCCUCCCACCGGCGACAGCACUCCGUUCAGCACAUUCAGACCCACGGGCAAGAACACGCCUACGACGGAAGGAAGGCUCUUUCAAGAAGCGAGCUCCUCUCACAAAAACGACGAGCCUGUUCUAGUGGCCGAGCUGUUAUAGGACGAUAUUUAUUCUUACGGCCGCCGAUGACGCUAUCAUCCCUCCGAUGCAGUGGGAUCCGCUGAUGGAGUCCACCAGACGCAGAUGCUUCAUCUCUCCUUCGUGUGUGGAUCUGUGUGUGAGAGUGCGUGCGCUGGAUCAGUCGAGUAGUGUGCAUAAUUCCGGUGCUUUGUGU